GUAAAAAAAAAAAAGCUAAGCGCGAGCCGUGCGUUAAUAAACCGUGGACGCAUAAUUGAAAUUUUUUUUUAAAAAACAUCAGCUGAUCCGCAUUUUGUUUUGGGUUAAGUUAGAGCUCAAGCAAGCCAGUCAUGGCCACUAGGCGUCUGACCGAUGCCUUCUUGUUAAUGCGGAACAAUGCAAUCCAAAACCGGCAGAUUUUGGCUGAGCAAGUGAGUACAAACGAGCCCCGUCCGAGUACACGUAGCAAUGCUGCGGAGCUCGAUGAGAUGGCAGAUGACCGAAUGGCUCUGGUGUCCGGGAUUAGUCUGGAUCCUGAAGCUGCCAUUGGUGUCACGAAGAAACUGCCUCCCAAAUGGAUAGAGGGAGUUGAUGAGAUCCAGUAUGAAAUCACACGGAUUCGACAGAAGAUGAAGGAUCUGGCUUUGCUUCACGACAAACACAUGAAUCGUCCAACUCUGGAUGACAGCAGUGAAGAGGAGCACGCUAUAGAAAUCACUACGCAGGAGGUCACACAGAUGUUUCAUCGAUGCCAGCGAGCAGUGACGGGUUUGCAGUCUCGUCGUGGCCACUGCACCGAGCAGGAGGAGAGGCUGCUGGUAAACGUGGUGUCAUCUCUGGCACAGAGCCUGCAGGACCUCUCCACCAACUUCAGACAUACACAGUCCAGCUACCUAAAACGAAUGAAGAACCGUGAGGAGAGAUCAAAGCACUUUUUUGACUCUGGGCCUUUAAUGGAAGAAGAUGAAGAAUUAGCACUAUACGACAAGGGCUUCACAGACGACCAGUUGGUGAUGGUGGAGCAGAACACGGUGAUGGUUGAAGAACGAGAGAGGGAGAUCCGACAAAUCGUGCAGUCCAUCUCGGACCUGAACGAGAUUUUCCGAGACUUGGCUGGAAUGGUUGUGGAGCAGGGAACUGUUCUUGACAGAAUUGACUUCAAUGUGGAGCAUGCUUGUGUUAAAACAGAAGAUGGGUUGAAACAGUUACAAAAGGCGGAACAGUAUCAGAAGAAAAACAGGAAGAUGCUGGUCAUUUUGAUCCUUUUUGUUAUAGUUAUUGUUCUAAUUAUUAUUCUUUUCGGAACAAAGUUUAAGUAA